CGAAAAGUUUCGGUUCCUUUGGCGUCGAAAUCAAUAGAUGCCAAACUGUAACCUCGCAUGCUUUUGCUUUUACUCGCAUUCGAUCUCAAAAGCAUGCAUGCUCACUUGUGCAUUUUUUAAAGCUCAUCAUCCGACUGGCUCGAUACUCUCAAGUUCGAAUGGUUGGGCUUUUCGCACCUCGCUAUCAUUUCUCAAAGAUAAUAGGAUCAAUAUCAUGUCGUCUUCUGCAACAUAUGGGCUUUGAGAAUCGUUGUUUUGUGGGAAUAUGCAACCUUCAACUCAUUCCCUGAAUACCGAUCGAUCUACUGAUGAAUUUACUGCAUCAGGGGCAGUUAAAUAGCUGUUUGUCAAAUCAGAACAUGCGCAAUGUCUCAUCUUACAAGAUUUAUCUAUUGCUUGAUGCUGAAAUACAAGAGCGACACCACUAACAGUAUCCCGACUGAUCAAUGUUAAUUUUAAGGUCCAGCAAUAAAGUUCAUGCA